UUGUUUUCGGCGGAUACAAGUAAAUAACUAACUUGUUUCGGUAUAAGAAAUUAAUAUUUGGAAAUCCUACAAAAAUGUAGGAGGCUCACAUAUUUUGUUUAGUGAUUUCUAAUAUUUAGGUAACUGUUUAGGUUGUGACCUAACCAAAUUCCUUUUCAUAAUUGUCUCCAAGUUGAGCCUAAGAGCUCUGCCCCACUAAGUCGUCAUGGCGACGUCGCCACGUCGCCGGGUACGUAUCCAAGCAGUUAAUAUUGAAAUUUAUGGAACCUAACUCACUCGGCGACGGUUUGGCAACGUCGCCAAAUUUUAAGCGUGGCCGUGAGCUACAGUCUCCGACGUAGCUUUUGGAUACUCUGGCAACUUGGCGACGUUGCCACUAUGUACACGGUCAAGUGCACCUCACUCACUCAGUCGCCAAUGUGGUCGCCAGUUAGCCGCCAUUUUGGACGCUCGCUCGAAAUAUAUUUAUGUAGUAAUUAUUUGAUUGGUUUUAUUAUAAAUAAUGAGUUUCGAUACUGAAGAAUUUAUCAUUGAAAUACAAAACCGUCCUUGUAUAUGGGAUAGUUCAUCCAUUGAGUAUUCCGAUCGGAACUUAAAAAUAAAAAGUUGGGACGAAAUAGUAAACAUAUUCAAAGAAAAAGACGAAAUGACAAGGCAAGAAAAAAAACAACUAGCCGAUUCUUUACAAAAAAGGUGGAAAAGUAUCCGUGGUUGCUUCACACGAGAACUGAACCGACAAAAAUCUUUGAAAUCCGGAUCGGGUAGUGGACCACGUAAAAGCGAAUAUAUAUAUUUUAAACAACUUCAGUUUCUACAGAAUGUUGUGGCAUUAAGAGAGCCGGAAGCUACAGAUUCUGAUGUUGAAAUUGGAGAUCCAGAUUUGCUACAAGAUAAGACAAGUCCGAAAAGAAUGAAAAAGAAACAGAAGACUGCAACUGAAGAUUACAAUUUUUUAGAAGUCCUUAACAAAUCCAUCAAAAGUAGAGAACAAUAUGAACUUGAAAAUCAAGAUGAAGAUAGGUUAUUUAUGAUGUCUUUAGUAAGCACUUUAAAAAAAGUGCCUCCUCAGAAAAAAAUGGCAACCAAAAUUAAAAUAAUGAAAAUUCUUGAAGAAGCAACUUGCUCUGUGCCCAACAGUGAUGAUAGUGUAUAAUAACGUCAAUGUUACUGGUCAUAAACAGAACCACAGGCGUCACGAAUACUCACGUAGUUACCACCCUGGCUAUUCUGCUGUUCGCGGAGAAUGGAUUACCCGUGAUGGAUUGCAAGUAUUACAACACUGAGUCAUUAUCUAGUGCACCGUUUAGCACACCACCGUCAAAUACCUAUGACAAAUGCUACAGAAAAGACACAAAAUGAAGAUUCAUCUAUUUUAGAUAUACCUACCUACAUAUGAUUAACUUUGAUGUUUCUUUUAAUAAAUUUGAUUAAAAUUCUGUA